AUGGUGGAUAACAGCAAUUUGAAACGGAGUAUUUUACUUUUAUUUAUAGUCUAUGAGAACGUUGAAGGUGGCUGUUCCUCUCACUAUGAUGGCUAUAACUACUACUCCUAUUGUACCUACUACAAUCCACAUUUAGCCAUUCUUGGAGCUUCCUACGGAUCAGUGAUCGGGAUCGGUAUUUUACUUAGUCUUAUCGUAUGCUGCUGCUGUAUCCAAAGAGAAAAUCAACAUGGGUAUCAUGACACGGUUAUCGUUCCAACUACCCAAAGAACGGAUAUAAUCCCCGUUAAUCAUCAGUUUGGAAACCAACAGAACGAGUACCCUGCGAUGGCUGGCGUACAUGGUACUCAGAACUCUUAUAUUAUGAUGGGACCGACACAUUAUGGAAAUUCACAGGGACAAAUUUCGACACACGUGGGUUUACCGUCCCCAAGCUCAGGUACUGGGGGAAAUUUACCGGGAGCUGUCCAGUCAGGAACAUGAAACUUUUAAAUGAUUCAAAUAAGAUUUUUUUUUUUUUUUGCAAUUGGUGAUAGCGACAUUAGAUUAUACCGUAUGCCUUCAUCAUCAUGGUAAAUAUGUAUACAGUGC